AUGUCUACCGACUCUUCCAAUGAUCUUCCUGAUUUACCCGCACCUAUCUCCCAGCCGGAACUCUAUGAUGGUUCCUGCCAUUGCGGCUACUUGAAGUAUUCGGCAUCUUUUUCUCUUUCGAAACAUUCAUCACAUCUUCAAAAAUGCAACUGCUCUAUUUGCCGUAAAGCAGGUUAUGCGCUUCUGACACCUGAGCCAAAGUCUUCGUUCAGGAUUAUCUCACCAAAGGCUGGAGUAUCAGCGCUUUCCGAUUACACCUUCCAUACCAAAUCGAUGCAUCACUAUUUUUGCCCACAUUGCGGUGUCCGCGGUUUCCUCAUGGCCUCGUUUCCAAAUGGUGGAGAGGAAAUCACUGAGGUAUUUGUUAAUGCUGGGACAAUCGAUGGCAAAUCCGACGGAAGUAAAAUGGAGGAGCUCGGCAAAUUGAAGGUGAAAUAUAUAAAUGGAAAGGUAGAGGCUUGGUCGGACCCUCCCGCAGAUAGCUCUUAUGAAGGGGGACUUGCGUAG